AUGGAGGCUCUGACAUCCUCAGACAGUACCUCCCUUAAUUACCUCACCCACGCUGGGAGGAUGGUGUUGAGCGGAUUGUCCGAGCUCAACCAGCAGGAUGUGAGGCAGUUUCAGCAGGCCUACGACCUCCUGGUGAACUUCAUUAAUGAGCCAGCAAACAGGGAGCGACUAGAGCAAGAGAUGGCUCUUGUAGGAAUCGACCGCAUCAACUUCGUGGAUGUAUUUUAUGAAUUCGUUCUACUAAGCCUUCUAGAAGGAAAAACAUCUCUUCCUACAUCUAGGCCUGGUAGCUUCUUUUAUCUGCUCAUGGAAGUGAUAAUGAGGAUUCACCCUCCUGGAGGAGCCUGGACAGAGGCUGCUCGGAACUUCUACCUCCUCAUUAAGGGCCAGAUGAAGGCGUGGCUGGACUCCAUCUUCAACCUCGAUGAGUCCAUCUAUGAAAGCCCACAGAUGCUCUCGGGGGCAGGUGAUGGGGAAUCUAGAAAUGCAGGUUGA